AUGGUAAAUAAAAAUAAUUAUAAAAACUUUGAAAAGCUUCCAUUGAAAACCCACCCAUUCCUUUCAUUAAUAAACUCGAGUAAACCAAAUAAUAAUUUUAUUGAAAUCAAUGGAAAGAUUAAAAAACUUUUAUAUGAUCCAGUUAAUUCAUAUAUAAAGGGUUCCAUAACUUUACCAAUGUUAUUUUCCUUAUUAAAAUAUAAUAAUAUUAUAAUUUCAUUAAAAGAUUUUGAAUCAGUUAUAUCAGAUAUAUUUUGGUUAAUUAGUAUAGAGGUUGAAGGAGUUGUAUCGAAAUCAUCACAAAAAACAAAUUUAAUCUCAUUGAUUAAAGAAAGUAUCUCUCAAAGUUUAGUUGCAUCUGUCAUUCUAAAAGAGAAAUUAGAUAUUGAUUUACUUGAAGAAUCUGGUUUAAUUAAAAGUUCAAAGAAAUUUACAAAUAAAAUUAUUAGAAUAAAUACAAAAGAAGUAUAUACUCAAGUUAAAUUUAAUUUAUUUAAAGAAGAAUCAGAAGGUUUUUCAAAAGUUUUAUCAGAAUUAAAUAAAGGAUCAGAAUUAAAUUUGAAUUCAGUCGAUUCAACUAUUCAAAAUAUUAAAUCAUUGAUUGGUUAUUUCAAUUUAGAUCCAAAUCGUGUUUUAGAUUUAGUAUUGGAUUCAUAUGAACAAAAUUAUCAAAAUUCUGAAUGUUUUCAAAAGAUUAUUAAAUGUUUUAAAAUAUCUGCAAUACCCCAAUUAUUGGGGUUUAAAUAUCAAUAUUAUCAACAACAACAACAUUUACAAAUUCAACAUAUUAAACAACAAUUAGAACAACAACAACAAGCUGCUGCUGCUGCUCCAACUACUACAUCUACAACUGAUUCUACAACUACUACUGCAGCAACAACGACACCAACAACAACACCAGCAUCAGCAUCAGCAUCAGCAACAUCAACAACAACAGCAGCCUCAUCAACAUCAACAACAACAACAAUUAAUCCAAUUGAUAUUAUUACACCAAAAUCAUUAUAUAUGGUGACAGCAAAUUUAUUAAAAGAAAAAUUAUUUACAUUGGAAUCGAUUUAUCCACAUUUAGCACCAAAUGAUGAAGAGAUAAAGAGUCAAUUUUUAGCAAGAAAAGAAGAGCUUAUUUCAUCAUCAAAGGGUGGUACCUUGCCAACCACAGCAGAUGAUGAUUCAUCGACUAAUAAGAAACCAAUGUCAACUAGUGGUACUACAACAAUAAGUAUUGGUAGUACAUCAUCGGUAUCAUUAUCAUCGAAUAAUAUUGAUUUAUUAGUUCAAGAGAAUCAGAAAUUUAAUUUAUUAGUAUCAUUAUUAGAUGUGAAUGAUACUGAUUGUACAAAUCAAUUAUUAUAUCAUUUGACAUCAAACGGUAUUGAUGUUGCAUCAAAUUCACAUGUAUCCACUGCAUUAAUCUCAAGAUUGAAUCAAAUUAUUGAACCGAUUUAUAGACCAAUAUCAUUUGCAACUUUGAAAUCAUCAUCCUCUGGUAAUUGUGGUAUUGAUUUACCAACUUUUAUGGCAUCUUCAGAGAUGAUCUUCUUUUUACUCUCACAUCUCGGUGUUUAUUUAUCACAUGAUAUUAAAUUAUUUACAAAAUUAUGUAGAAUUUUAGAAAAAGUUGUACCAAAAGUAAUUUCUUUAGCAAAUACCUCAACUAUACAAGCACAAGCCGCUGCUCAAGCCCAAGCUCAAGCACAGGCUUCACAAACACAAUCUGAUUCAAUGGUAGUAGAUACACCACCACCACCAACAACUACCACUAUGAUUCAACCAAAUCAAUAUUCAACAUUUAAAUUAGAAAUUGAAAAUUUAAUAUCAAAUGUAUUAUUACCAACUUUAUCAAUGAUACCAAGUAAUCCAUGUGCAUCUAAUGAAAUUUGGGAAGUUAUUAAGCAUUUCCCAUAUCAAAAGAGAUAUCAACUUUAUUAUGAAUGGAAAGAACAAUAUGGAAAGAUAUUAUCAUUGAUAGUAUUAAAACAAGAGGUAACUGGUGAUACUAAAAAGAUUCUUAGACGUUUAUCAAAGGAUAACUAUAAACAGUAUGGUAGAGCCAUUGGUAAAUUAAGUUAUGGUCACCCAACCAUUGUUUUACAAGUGAUUCUAUCACAAGUAGAACAAUACGAUUCAUUGGUAAUACCAUUGGUUGAAUCAUUGAAAUUCAUUUCCAAUUUGUCUGGUGAUGUUUUAUCAUUUGGUUUAUUGGAGAGGUUAACCAUUAAACGUGAUAAACUUAAACCUGAUGGUACAAAUAUUUCAUCAUGGUUUCAAGCGUUGUCAUUAUUCAUUGGCUCAUUCUAUAAGAAAUAUCCAUCCACCGAAUUGGAAGGGUUACUUCAGUAUACUGUAAAUCAAUUAAAAGAGAAUAAUUCAUUGGAUCUAAUCAUUUUGAAAGAAUUGUUAUUAAAAAUGGGUCAAACUGAAAUCGUUGAAGAACCACCUGAAGCUCAAAUGGAGGCACAAGCUGGUGGUGAAGUAUUAAAACAAGAAACUAAUACAAUCGUUAUUACAACUGGUGGUGGUGGUGGUGGUAGUGGUACUCCUGGUGGUGCUCCUGGUAGUGGUGGUGGUGGUGGUGGUGCAUUAAGUAAUAGUAGUAGUAUUGCAAAUGCUCCUAGAAAUACAAAGAAAUCAAUUAAUAGAUUAAAAGAUACUUUAAUCAAUAGUAAAUUAGCAUUCUCAUUCUUUGUUUUAAUUGCAAAACAACGUUAUGAUAUCAUUCAUAAUACAAGUGAACAAUCACAACAUAUUAAAUUAAUUAGUGAUCUCUAUGAUAAAUGUCAAGAAACUUUAAUUCAGUAUACUGAAUUCCUUACAAAUCAUGCAACAUCUGAAAAGUAUUCAGAAUUCUUUAAAGAGGAUUUCAAUACAUUAAUCACAACCUAUUGCCUAGAGCCAGAAGCUGCUUUUCAUAUUUAUAGACCAAUAUUUUCAAAUGGUGCUGCCAAUAAUAGACAAUUAAUUGUAAAUAACUGUAAACAAAUUUAUCCUGAUGAAGUUUGGAAAUCAAUGAAUCCUGAACUAUAUUCUGUAUUUUGGUCAUAUUCAUUAUAUGACAUUUAUGUACCAAAAGCAUUAUAUGAAAGUGAAAUUGCAAAAUUAAAGAAUCAAAUUACAACAAUUGAUUAUGGUUUAGUUGGUACUACUACUACUACCACUGCUACUGCUAGUGGUAGUGGUGGAGGUAAUUCUAAAGAUAUUAAUAAAAAGAAAAAAGAUAAAGAAAGAAUUCAAUCAACAAUUGAAAAACUUCAAAAAGAAUUGGCAAUUCAAACUUUAAAUCAUCAAAAAGUUUUAGAACAUAUUCAAUCAUUAAAAGAUAAAUUCUUUGAAUUUUCAUUAAAUUCACCUGUAAAUCAAACAAUUAAUUCAACAACAACAACAACAACAACUUCAACAACAACUUCAACAACAACAACAACAACAACCCCUACAACAAAAGAUAUGUUACAAAAUGGUAAAAAAGAAGGUAUUAUUAAAUUUUUACAAUAUUGUAUAUUUCCAAGAGCAACAUUUACACCAGCAGAUGCAAUUUAUUCAGCUAAAUUUGUUCAAAUUUUACAUAGUAUUAGUACACCAAAUUUCUCAACAUUAAAUUAUUUAUUAGAUCUUUGUCAAUCGAUUACUUUUAUGAUUUAUUCAAGUACAGAGAAUGAAGCAAAUAGAUUUGGUAGAUUUUUAAAUGAAUCAUUAAGUAUCCUAACCAAAUGGAAAUCAUCAGAAUCACUAUACGAUAAGGAAUGUGCAAAACUUUUAAAAACUUUAGCAUUAAGUUAUGAUAAUUUCGUUAGAUUCUUUCAUCGUUGUCAUAAAACAAUCUCUGAAUCAUUUUCAAAUUGUUUAGAGAAUGAUGAAUAUAUGGUCAUUAGAAAUGCGCUAUUGGCAUUAACUAAAUUGGUUCAUGUUUUCCCAGCUCAUAAAUCUUCUUAUGAAAAUAUUGAAAAUUUAGUAUUAAAGUUAAAGAAAAGAGAUGAAUUGAAAACAUUGGCAAUUCGUUAUCAUUCAUUAUUAGAAAAAGAAAAACCAAGAAUGAUUGAUGAUAUCAUUAAACCAACAAAACCAAAAGCUAAUCUAAAAGAUUCAAAAUCGCCAACUACAACUUCUUCAACUCAAACUACAACAACAACUUCUUCAAAAGAUAGUGGCACUACUACUACAACUUCUUCAUCAACUCCAACUACAACUUCUUCAUCAAAUAGAGAUUCAAUUAAAGAUGCUGAUAUGAUUGAUAUUAAUGAUGAAAAUAAUAAUAAUAAUAACAAAUCAAAAGAAAAAGAAAAGGAAAGAGAACGUGAAAAAGAAAGAGAAAAAGAAAAGGAAAGAGAAAAGGAAAGAGAAAGAGAACGUGAAAAAGAAAGAGAAAAAGAAAAAGAAAAGGAAAGAGAACGUGAAAGAGAGAGAGAACGUGAGAGAGAAAAAGAAAGAGAUAGAGAACGUGAAAAAGAACGUGAACGUGAAAGAGAACGUGAACGUGAGAGAGAACGUGAACGUGAAAGAGAAAAAGAAAAAGAAAAAGAAAAGGAAAGAGAACGUGAACGUGAGAGAGAAAGAGAACGUGAGCGUGAACGUGAAAGAGAGCGUGAACGUGAACGUGAAAAAGAAAAAGAAAGAGAUAGAGAACAACGUGAAAAAGAAAGAGAAAGAGAACAACGUGAAAAAGAAAGAGAUAGAAGUGAUCGUAAUUCCGAUAAAAAUAAUAAUAAUGAUGGUGGUGGUAGUGGUAGUUCAAGAAGUGAUAAAUCCUCUUCAAAAGAUAGUGGUAGUAAAAAAGAUCAACAAACUCCACGUAAAGAAAUUGAAAAAUCAGAAUCAAGAGAGAAUAUUCGUGAUUCACGUUCAAAUGAUAACAAUCAAUCAUUAUCAUCCUCUCGUGAAAUUAGAGAAAGAGAUAAAGAAUUAAAAGAAAAAGAGCAACGUGAAAAGGAACAACGUGAUAAAGAUCGUGAAAAUAGGGAAAGAGAUAAUAGAGAUGUUAGAGAUUCACGUAAUGAUCAAAGAGGUAAUCAAGAAAGAGAUGGUGGUGAACCUCAACAACGUAGACAACAACAACAACAGCAACAAGAAAGAGAUAGAAACGAUAUUAGGAAUCAAGAUAAUAACAAUAAUGACUCUCAACAACAACAACAACAACAACAACGUAGACAACAAGACAAUGAUAGAAGAGAUAGAGGUAAUCAAGAUAAUAUAAAUAAUAGAGAUAAUAAUAGCAACAAUAGAAAUGAUAAUAGAGAAAGACAACCUAAUCAAGAUAAUAGAGAUAACAACAAUAAUAAUAGUAAUAGAAAUGAAAGAAAUGAUAGAAAUGAUAGUAGUAGAGAAAGACAGGAUAAUAGAAAUGAAAGAAAUGAUAGUAGAGAAAGACAAGACACUAGAGAUAAUCGUAAAGAUCAACAAAGAGAUAAUGAUAAAUCAAAUCAAGUGCAAAGGAAUCGUGAUUCUCAACCAUCGUCACGUAAUUCUUCACCACCCCAUAACCAACCACAACAACAUCAAUCACAGCAACAACAACCACAACAACUUUCUCCACCAAUUCCACAAACCGAUGAAGAGAAAUUUAAAAAUGCAAAGAAAAAGAGAGAAGAGAAAUUUGAAAGUAAACAAAAAAAUAAUAAUGAAAUCGAUCAAGAAUCACCUCCAAAUAAUAAUAAUAAUAGUAAUCAAUCAUCAAAUUCAAAUCCAUCUUCAAAUCAAAGUAGUAGAUCAAAUAGUAAGGAUAGAAGUGGUGGUCAACAAACUCCUCGUGAUAAUCAAGAAAGACAAAGUGGUGAAAAUAAUAAUAAUAACAACAAUAAUAAUAAUAACACUAGAGAUGACCAUGAUAAUAAAGAUAAAUUAAAAGAAAUGAGAGAUAAUAUUCGUAAAAAACAAGAAAGUAAUAAUAAUCAAAAUAAUAAUCAAAAUAAUAAUAAUAAUAAUAAUAAUAAUCAUAAUAAUAAUAAUAAUAAUAAUAAUAAUAAUAAUAAUAAUAAUAAUAAUAAUAAUGCACCACAAGAAAAUAGAGAGGAUAAAAAGAGAGAUAGAGAAAAAGAAGAAGAAAAGGAAGAUCAAAAGAAAAGAAAAACUCAAAUUAAUCGUAAUAGAGUUGGACCAUCACCACCUCCACAAAAUCUUCACCCUUACCAACCUCCUCAACAUCUUCAACAUCCUCAACAUCCUCAACAUCCUCAUCAUCCUAUGUCACACCACCAUAAUCAACACCACAACCAACAACAACAGCAACAACAACAACAUCAUGGAGGAUUUAGAGGUGGUAGAAAUGACAGAAAUGAUAGAGAUGUUAGAGAUGUUAGAGAUGAAAGAGAUAACAGGAAUGAUAGAUAUAAUAGAAGAAAUUAA